CGCGAGAGAGAGGGCGACUGGCGCGAGAUCAGGGGCACUGUCAUAUUUCUAUGGAAACGCUUCACUGACUGAUAGAGGUGAGUGGAGGAAAAGGUGUCUGCGCUCUCGGAUGCGUUACGCACGCAACGGAUUCCCAGCUCUCUUCCCCUCAGUGUCAAGAGCGCGGAAACAAACAGGCACAAUCUCCUCAAAGUAGCUCAGAAUUGUUCUUUUGAAUCAGAUUUAUAAAAGAAGGAACCUUCACAGAGUGAAGAUGCCCCUGGCACAACUAGUUGACCCUUGGCGAAAGAUGGCAAUCGGGAGUGCGGCGAGCGAGACGGAGCCCCAUCAUGUCUUGGAGGACUCCACAGGAGAAGAUGAAAAUCUACCAUCUCAAGAAGAAGUGUCUGUUAAAGAGAUCAGCAUCACACAUCAUGUUAAAGAGGGCUCAGAAAAGGCCGACCCGCAGCAGUUUGAGCUCCGGAAGGUGCUUGGACAGGGCUCCUUUGGAAAGGUGUUUUUGGUGAGAAAGACAACAGGCCCGGAUGCAGGACAGCUGUACGCAAUGAAAGUGCUGAAAAAAGCCACCCUAAAAGUACGGGAUCGGGUCAGGACUAAGAUGGAGCGGGACAUCCUGGUGGAGGUUAAUCAUCCCUUUAUUGUUAAGCUACACUAUGCAUUCCAGACUGAAGGAAAGCUCUAUCUGAUUCUGGACUUUUUAAGAGGAGGUGAUCUCUUUACUCGACUGUCAAAAGAGGUGAUGUUCACAGAGGAGGAUGUGAAGUUUUAUCUGGCUGAACUGGCUUUAGCUCUGGACCAUCUGCAUGGACUAGGCAUCAUCUACAGAGAUCUGAAACCAGAGAACAUUCUCUUGGAUGAGGACGGACACAUAAAGCUGACAGAUUUUGGACUCAGUAAGGAGUCGAUUGAUCACGAAAAUAAAGCAUACUCUUUCUGCGGGACGGUAGAGUAUAUGGCUCCGGAGGUGGUGAACAGAAGAGGACACACUUAUAGCGCUGACUUUAUUUUUGUGUAUAUGUUCCCAUUAAAGGUGAUCUCAUUUGAAAUGCUGACUGGAACGCUGCCUUUCCAAGGCAAGGACCGCAAGGAAACCAUGACUAUGAUUCUAAAGGCAAAGCUUGGAAUGCCUCACUUUCUGAGUUCAGAAGCUCAGAGUCUCCUCAGGAGCCUUUUCAAACGAAACCCUUCCAAUAGAUUAGGUGCUGGUCCAGAUGGAGUUGAAGAGAUAAAGAGACACCCGUUUUAUGCUACCAUUGACUGGAAUAAAUUAUUUAGAAGAGAGAUUUACCCGCCCUUCAAACCAGCCUCUGGCAGACCAGACGACACAUUCUACUUUGACCCAGAAUUUACAGCAAAAACUCCCAAAGACUCUCCAGGUGUACCCCCUAGUGCCAAUCAAAAUUUUAUAAUCAAUAAAGCUAAACGGGAUCCAACGGACGAGGUGGAAAUCCUGUUACGCUAUGGACAGCAUCCAAAUAUAAUCACCUUGAAAGACGUGUACGAUGAGGGCCGCUCGGUGUAUCUGGUGACAGAACUGCUGAAGGGAGGGGAACUGCUGGAUAAGAUCCUCAGACAGAAGUUCUUCUCCGAGCGGGAGGCCAGUGCUGUGCUGUACACCAUCACAAAGACUGUGGAGUACCUGCACACUCAAGGGGUGGUUCACAGGGAUCUGAAGCCCAGUAACAUUCUUUAUGUUGAUGAAUCUGGGAAUCCCGAGUCCAUCCGGAUCUGUGACUUUGGCUUUGCCAAGCAGCUGAGAGCAGAAAACGGACUGCUGAUGACGCCCUGUUAUACUGCUAACUUUGUGGCCCCAGAGGUGCUGAAGAAACAGGGUUAUGAUGCUGCCUGUGAUAUCUGGAGUUUAGGCGUCCUUUUGUACACAAUGUUAACUGGAUUUACUCCAUUUGCUAAUGGCCCAGAGGACACACCGGAGGAGAUUCUAGCUCGAAUCGGCAGUGGGAAGUUUUCUCUCGCAGGCGGAUACUGGAGCUCUGUUUCUCUUGAGGCAAAGGACUUGGUGUCUAAGAUGUUGCAUGUAGACCCCCAUCAGAGACUAACAGCUGCACAGGUGUUGAAACAUCCCUGGAUCCUUCACAAAGACCACCUCCCCAAAUACCAGCUGAACAGACAUGACGCCCCACAUCUGGUUAAGGGGGCGAUGGCUGCUACAUACUCUGCCUUGAAUAGGAACGUUCCUCCCAUGCUGGAGCCCGUGGGCUGUUCUAUUCUCGCUCAGCGCAGAGGAGUGAAAAAACUGACCUCCACUGCUUUAUGAGCAAAUACCUUCCACCUCCAGCCCCGUGACCUCUUGCUUGGUUUGAGCACAGCCUGAACUCGGCUUGCUUGUUGCCCACCAUGCAUCAAGGCUUUAGAGCCAAGCGUAGAUUCUGAGGACCCCUGGUGGACAAUCAAAAUCUUCCAUCACUGGUUACUACGUGGGCCAAUAAAAACAGUUCGGCCUGUACAAUCACGCCUCUGCCUCUUAACGCAAACCAAUGAAGAAUCUGUGGACUAUUUCUGAGAUGCAAAUUACCUGAGCAUAUGAAUAUAAACAUAUUGCAUCUCAGUCAUUAUAAACAGCUAAGAUGUAUUCAGGGAGGAUGUGGAUUUUAGAGGACGACAACAAAUUCCUGCACCAAAGUGUGCGCAAAGUUGCGAAAAGCUCCAGUUGUAUGGGGAUGUUGUAUAUGGGAUACGUUCCUGUCAGGUAAACACUUAAUAUUCAAAUUGUUUCCUGUUCUGGCCUAUUAUUUUACAUCAUUAAUGCCACAUUGCAUACUGAAGUCCCACCAAACCAUAAUCACUAAGGCGUAUCCCAACAUACCUUGUUCUCCAGUCAUCUUUGAACAGCGAACUAGGAGAAACGCCCUCAGCAGAUCCAUACAAGACUUUAAGACAGGUCCAAAAGUUUAUAUGACAGCUGCCGGCGUUAGCUUCGCAUUCUUUUUACAAAACAACAAUGUGAACGAAGUCCAAAGCACAAAAAUGCAGUGGAGGCCUACAUGUAAACGGCACAGAAUGUCAAAUAGAGAACUCAGGUGAAACGCAAUACAUUAUACAAAA